AUAAGGAGGGGAGGUAUGGAGUAGGAUUUGAAAACGUGCUCGGCUUGUGAAAAGUGAAUUGUACAUUUACAGAGAAAUGGCUACGAAUUCAAUUGAGAUUCUUCACAGUUUAGAAAAGGCAGUCUUUGAAAGGAACGAAGAGAAGAUAAUUACGUUAAUUGAUUCUCUAGAGCAAAGUAUCACUGAAUUAGCUGAUGAUAUUCCAGAUGAUCUGGAAGAGUUGAGGGUCAUCGUUGCUUGCAUAUGUAGAGGAGAAUAUUUGAAGGCCUUGCAACAGAAAACUGCUCAAAGCCUACUACUUACUGCAGCGGCUACUACAGAAAAUAAACAGCUGAUCCAGGAGACCACUCUUCUUUUACAAGAUGACUCACUAGUAAGACAUGCACUGGUCCUUUUUACAGGUGUGGCAUGUUUAGACCUUUUCAUCCAGUGUAACUGGACUGGCCCAGUACAUCCUUUAUCUUCCAUUCUGCCUCAUGAUUGUUCUAAUCAACAAAUUGUAACAAGACUGAGCAAGGAUGGAGAGUUCAUUAAUAAUCCAUUGAUGGAAGGUCUAUUAUUUCUGUUGGUUGCCAAGAUAGUCUUAGUUGAUUUUGAAGAGUCUUUGACUGUCUGCCAGACUGCUUCCCUGUGGGCCUUGAGAUGUCUAGCAGUACAGAGACAACUCUCAAAUGAAAGACAUGAUUUCAUGAAGAAUAAGAUUUUCAUGUUGAUGAAUAAAGUUCAAGAGAGCUCAACCUUACUUUCUGGAGAACAAAGCAGGAGCAUUGCAAGCCAGAUCCACCUUGAAUUUGGAUACUUGUAUCUUUAUUACUAUGACACCAAAAGCGCCAGGGAACAUUUCACAGCUGCUCAGUCCAUUUUAGGUUUACAAGUUGAGCUUACAGGUGCCCUUGGAAAAAGGACAAGAUUUCAAGAAAAAGAUUGCUCUCAAUUAAUUGUGUUGGUUCAUAAAGAUGAGAGCAUCACUGGCAUUCCAACAGAUAAAUCUACAGAUAUGUGUUAUAAAGAAAACCUUCCUAGAGAUGUUCCAUUGGCUGAUGAUACCAUUCUGAAUAAAAUCCAACUCAAAGAUGAAGAUCUUCGAAAUAAGAAUGGAACUGUUCUCAGUCCACUGGAUCAGGCUGCCAUUUUGGGACUAACUUAUGAACAUGAAAAGAGUCAGGCUGUUCAAAGACUCGACAAGGAAACCUUACUGGCAUAUUUGGAGGCAGUCACCUGUGAUCCCAAGGCUUGGUGUGUACAGAUGACAGCAUUACUGAUGAGAAGCAAAUUGGAAAAGGACUCUAAAAGGAGAAUAGAGAGGUCCAUGAUGCAGUUACAGACUCUUGUCGACGCCAUCGAAAAUCCCUCUCCAAAGGUUGUGGAGAGGCAAUCUUUGUUUUAUUGUGUGCCUUUUCCAUCCAAGUGGAAUUUUCAGAAAGACUUGGCACAAAUACUUCUUGAUAUGGGUGUGGUGAAAAGUGCGCUGGAAAUUUUUCAACGAUUGCAUUCUUGGGAGAAUGUUGUUUUUUGUUAUCAGAACUUAGGGUGGUAUGCAAAGGCAGAAACUCUUAUCAAAGAUCAGCUUAAAGUAAAGGAAACUGCACUGUUAUGGUGUGUUUUAGGUGAUAUAUUAAAGGAUGCUACUUGCUAUGAGAAAGCCUGGGAACUAUCAGGGCACCACAAUUCUAGAGCUCAAAGAUCUCUGGGAUAUCUACAUUUAAGAGCUAAAGAGUACUGCAAAUCAAUACCAUGCUUCCAGAAGUCACUGGCAAUCAACUCAUUACAGGAAGGAGUAUGGUUUUCCCUUGGUUGUGCUGCAAUGGCUGCAGAAAAUUUAGAACUCGCUUCCAAAGCAUUUCAUCGUUGUGUGUCACUUGAUGGUGGGAAUGGGGAGGCAUGGAAUAAUCUUGCCAAUGUUUACAUCAAAAGAGGCCAGAAACCACCAGCACAUCUUGCUCUCAAGGAAGGUCUGAAAGUGAAUUAUGAGAGCUGGCACAUGUGGGAAAAUUUCUUAGUGGUUAGUGUUGACAUUGGUGCAUUUAAUGAUGCAAUUUCAGCAUAUCAUCGUAUGAUGGAUCUGCGGGAUAAGUACUGUGAUACAGAGAUAUUGGGCAUUCUGGUGAAAGCUGUGAACCAGGGAACUUUGGACAAUCAUGAAAAACCAGCAUCUUAUCUUAAACUGAAGCUGCUCGAACUAAUGGGAAGACAAACAUCUCAGGUAACCAACAAUUCUGAAUUGUGGAAGCUCUACUCUGACCUCUACUGGAAUGGCGAGUCUCAGGAAGAGAAAGAAAAGGCGCUAAACUUCCUUGUGAAGGCUCAUCGUACCAGAACCCAGGCUUCAGGCUGGGAGAUUGACGUAAGUCAGUUUAAAGCAGUAGCAGAACUCACUCUUAAGCUCAGUCAAGUUUACAUUCAAGUGACUCAUUGCAAGGAGAAUAAAGCUGAAGCAGUACAGCUUUUAUCGUCAGCUAAACUUACUCUCAAGCAGCUUAUCACAAAGGCCAAAGUAAAAAAACCACACAGAUUUACUUACUGGUAAUUGUCCAAGUGAACUCUCACAAAUCAUGGUUGACUUGGAGGCCAGCCUUCAGGAAAUUGUUGACUUAAUUUUCAGUUUCAAAAGUUAAUGGUGUACUGUUAACUAAAUGAAUGAAGCUAGGGAAUAUUUGUGGAAAUUUAAUCUGGUAUUAUGGUGUCAAUUGUGUGUGAAGCAAUCAACAAUAAAUGAAGAUGCCCAAAGCAGAAACAAACCUCUCAUUUAUAUGCAUUUACAAUAAUUUCUUGCUAAAUGUUAUGGACUUAAAUAGACAUAAAUAGACACCUCUCUGUAUAACACUUAUAAAGCAUAUUAAAUUUAAAUGUUAGAAUACUAUGAA